AUUGACAUGCUGGAGUACUGGGCUCUGUGACACUGACCUGAAGCACGGGGGAUCUGCUUACAGUUGGCCAUUUACCUUACACCUUCCUCUGAUGCUUUACUCUCAGAUUGUGGGAGGGGACUGUCUAUUACAAGUGAUCAGCGUCAACAGAAAUGGAAGGAACAGAAGAAACAACCAUAAGUAGCCUUUUCUUAUUUUAUUUAAUCUUCUUACAUAAAAGUCGUUCCUUUAGGCUUCACCUUUGUACUAACACUUGUUUUGGUGCCGUCUCAGAAUGGAGAACAGCGUCAGAUCCUAAAAAAGCUAGUUGGCUAUUUUCUCAAGACCUUCUCUACAGUGACAGAGAAUCCAACAGCCUCUUUCUGAGCAUGGACAUCCGAAAAGACAAGGAGGAGCAGGACCAAACUUUAGUCAAGUUCUACAAAAGAGACAAUGUUCGAUGGACUUCGCCGCUUCUUUGCAAACUUCAAGGUGAUGUUGCAACAGGAAGUGGGGUCGACCGUCACAUGAUGUCAACCGUUAUCUUCAAGCUAAUGAGUGGAUUCCAUAUCAACUUAGGAAGUGCAGCCAUCACAAAAGUAUUUGAAGGUGAGCCCGACCACCUCACCCCCUCAGUUUCAGAUGGACUGCUGGACAACGUCAUGUUCGCAGUGGCGGGGCGGAUGAUCGGCCACACCUUCCUGCACGGCGGCCCGAGUUUCCCCGGACUCAGCCCAGCCAUUGUUCACAUCCUCUUUGGAGGGUCGCUGGAGACCACUCCUCUGACACUGCAGGACUGCCCUGACCUUGAUAUUCGAGACACUGUGAAAAUGCUUGAAGGAGAUGCCAAGUUAAAAGAUAUUGACGCCGUCCAUCAGCUCUGCCUGUCGUGGGAGCUGCCAGCACUGAACGCCACCAACAGGAAAUGGCUGUCUGAAAAGCUUCUCCUGCAUGCUGUCAUCGAGCGAACGAGGCCUCAAAUCAAUCAGUUCCAAAAAGGCUUAAAAGAGACAGGACUGUGGUCACUUCUCAUUCACAGAAGAGAUGUAAUCCCAAUCCUGUUCCCCAGAGAAUCAGAAGCACAGGUCACACCUCAGAUGAUCUUGGAUUGCAUCAUCUGGCCUUCAUCUAUAACUUUCAUCUUUGAGAGCUACAGAGUCGAGGACGAUGACGAAUCCGAUGUCGUGGAUGUAUGUCGAGUAUCUGGGUUCUUGAAAACAUUCAUUGAAAAUGCAUCUCCCGCUGAGCUUAAGAGCCUCAUGAAGUUCUGGAUGGGAUGGGAGGUGCCGGCCACAGAGAUGAGAGUGGAAAUAGUCGAGGCCCCUCUCCCGACAGCUUUAACUUGUUUUGAGAAUCUGAGGCUCCCGAGCGUGCGUGCGUGCGUGCGUGCGUGCGUGCGUGCGUGCGUGCGUGCGUGCGUGCGUGCGUGCGUGCGUGCGUGGAAACACAAUGCAAUGGGCCGAUGGGGUCCUGGAACCAUAUCUCGAUAUGAGAUCGACUCUGUGAACGCACCGCCUGCUGACCAAUCAGAGCUCUGUGUGCUGAGUUUAAAGCUAUCAAGUUAUAUUACAGGAUAAGGAAAACACAGUUUAAACUGCUGUAUGCAGGUAAGACGGCUAGCAAUAAACUGUGACCGUGUAAAUUAAUAGAAUAUCACUUGAAAACUAAAGUAUUAGUAACAAAUGAUUAAUUUAGUGCUGAAAUAAGUCACUGAUAGAUUAGUCCACUGGCAACCAUUUUGAUAGUGAAAUCCUCAUUUAAAAGAUUACUACAUUGAUUUUGCAUUGGGUUGUCAUAUCAUUAUCACAUAUUAAGUUGAAUCUACAGUAUAAGACCUGUAAACACACUGAUGUAUAAAGUCAGGGAAGUUCCUGUUUUAAGCAUACAUGUAAAUAUAAAUCAUUGGCCUUAGCUUCAAAUUGUGAGUAUUUGUUGUAAAAUAUUAACUUAUUUUCAAGAUAGCAGAAUAAAUGAAGGUUGGGACUGUCUUUGCUUUUGAAAAAGCCAAACAUUUGAAACUUUCCCGAUUAGUUAUUUUCUGACAAUGUGAAAGAUUAAAAGAGAAACAAAUCAUCA